AUGGAAGCUUAUCACUGUAAAGACUGUGAUUUUACGACGCAACUGACACUUGUGUUUAAACAACACAUUAAUAAACAUCACGGCCCUAAGAGAGAAUCUAGAGAGGAAACAUCUAGUGAGAAAACAUCUAGUGAGGAAUCAUUUAGUGAGGAAUCAUCUAGUGAGGAUUCCAGCAUAGAAAACUACGGGUGCGCAAUAUAUUACUUUGAGCCAAAUCUAUCGUUGAAGUCGUUUCAGCAUACUUCAGCAUCCACGGGAACCGAAGAAAAUCUUCCAAGUGUGAGUUCCUUGAAAGAUAAUGCCACAGACAAUUCCGACAUCAAGCAAACUGACGAAAUACUGUAUUAUUGUGCCGAAUGUCCCUACCAAUGUAAAGCCAAAGUAUAUUUAAAUAAGCACAUUAAGGCUUUCCAUUCCCACAGUUGGUAUGCAUGCGACAAGUGUCCAUUUAAAAGCAGAUGGGAAGGAAAUUUAAGACGCCACAUAAAUACACUCCACUUAGAUGAACAUGAAGUUAAAUGGUACAACUGCCAAAAAUGUCCAUUCAAGACCAAAACAAAAUCGAAUUUAAAACAACACAUAAUUGCCAGACAUUUAGACGACACAAAAAUUAAGUGGUACGAAUGUCAAAACUGUUCCUACAGAGCCAAAACGGCGAAAUAUUUAAGAAAUCAUAUAAUUUAUAAUCAUUUGGAUGAUGAAGAAAUUAAGUGGUACCACUGCAAAAGUUGUUCAUUCAAAGCUAAAAGAAAAGAUAAUUUAAAAAAACAUGUAAAGAUCCAUUUGAAGAUCAAAUAG